AUGUUAAUUACGAGCUCAUCAUCACCAGCCAUUUUAGAUAGAAAAUAUCAGGCAAUACGUAAUGAAGCGCUUAAAUCCGGUAUUUUGUUGAAAGAAACGGACGAAAAAGUCGAAGAAGUGAUUACUAAUACUCAUAUUCUCAAUGCAAAAGCAAAUGCUGUUCGAACUGGUGCUUUUGCCAUACACAGUAAUCUAUUAAAAUCUGAUAAAUUAGCAAAACUUUGUCAAUUAUCACUAAUAUUAUUGACGCUAAGUGGUGCCGUUAUAAUCAUCGUGAAAUUGAUAAUAAAUCAAAAAACUGUUGAACAUACAAGAAUCGUUGAGCCAGCACAUUCACUGUUUCAAACGUCUGAAGAACGAACGGUAGAUAAAUUACAAAAUGUAUUUAGAGAUCAAAGAUAG